AUGCGUGUCCAGCCCCGAAACAGGAGCCUGCGUUCUCCUCGGGUCACGGACAGGGAGCUGCCUGCGUGCCCUGCCAUUUAUCCUCAAGAAUUCCAGGAUAAAGAAUUGGAAGAUGAGGAAGAGUCUGAGGGCUCUUUUUCUUCGCCUCCUGAUAGUGUCUCAAUAGCAUCUGACCGAUAUGAUAAAGAGGAUGAAGCACCUUCUGAUGGGAAUCAGUUUCCUGCUAUUGCAGCUCAAGAUCUUCAGUUUGUUCUGAAGGCUGGAUACCUGGAAAAACGCAGAAAAGAUCACAGUUUUCUCGGCUUUGAAUGGCAGAAGCGUUGGUGUGCUAUCAGUAAGACGGUCUUCUAUUAUUAUGGAAGUGACAAAGACAAACAACAGAAAGGUGAAUUUGCCUUAGAGGGCUACGCCAUCAGAAUGAAUAAUAGCCUUCGGAAGGAUGCAAAGAAAGAUUGCUGUUUUGAAAUCUCCGCUCCUGAUAAGCGCAUUUAUCAGUUUACAGCUGCCACUCCCAAAGAAGCAGAGGAAUGGGUACAGCAAGUCAAAUUUGUAAUUCAAGAUAUGGAAUCUAAUACUAUUCCUGAGGAGGAGGAAGAGGAAUAUGACGAUGUUGGACAAGUGAGCAGUGAACCAAUAGAUGACAGCAUUUAUGAAGAAGUUAAAGAAGAACAUGUUCCUUCAAGGGCUGAAGUGCCAAGAAAACUGAGCCAGGAGAAAGUUACCACUGUUUCAGAUGGCAAAAAUACUGAUUAUGCCAAUUUCUAUCAAGGUUUGUGGGACUGCACAGGAGAUGUACCUGAUGAGUUGACAUUUAAACGUGGUGAUGUUAUCUACAUUCUCAGCAAGCUCUACUCAAGAAAUCAAUUUCCAGAAACAAAGACAACUGAGUACAAUAGAUUUGGCUGGUGGGUAGGAGAAAUGAAGGGAACCAUUGGCUUGGUGCCUAAAGCCUACAUAAUGGAGAUGUAUGAUAUUUGA